UUCCAGUGUCUCCUUGAAGAACACACGCAUGCACCCUGGGUUCUGAGAGACAUUUGGGUUCAUAUAAACUCUCUGGCGUUAAAAAGCCCCGGAGGAUGCCGCGGUAUGAGCUGUAUAUGAUCCUGAAGGCGAUGCAGAGGCCGGAGACCGCGGCUGUUUUGCGGCGCACGGUGGAGACUCUGUUCGAGCGCGGCGCGGUGGUCCGGAGCCUGGAGAACCUCGGCGAACGCAGACUACCGUACAAGAUCUCCAAACACGACUCUCGGCAAACACACGGUGGAUAUUUCUCUAUUGACUUCCAUGCGUCGCCGAACAUAGUCAGCGAGCUGUUGAAUCACCUUGAACGGGACGUUGACGUGCUGCGUCCGACGGUAGUAAAGAAAGACACUGAGCUCCCCAAAGGACAGUGUUGUGGAGCAGCCCGAGAAGAGAAAGCGAAGAUGGCCAGUUAAAUGAUUGUGAAGAUCGCCUCAUCUCCUGGAUUUUGUGUUGUUUGCAGACGAGCCAGUAAAUGCCAGCAUCCAUUAUACAAAUUUGGAGAGGUGGAAUUACUUCAGCUAAUCAUGUCAUGCAUACUUCUGUUAAGAAACUGUAUAUAUGAUCUCUUUGCAGGAUUUUUUUGGAGUAUUUAAUUUUAUUGUAACAGAAUCUACUUCAUAAUUACAUGCUCUGAAAUAAUUAAUAAAAAAAAUCUUUAUACCAGUCA